AUGGCGGCGGCGGGCGGCGCGGAGGCCGGUGGCGGCGGCGGCGGCGGCGCGGGGCUCGCCCUGGUGGAGGGCAGCGCCGGGCGGGCCGCCCGCGUCGGCGACCCCGGGGACCUGGUGGCCCUGGCUCGGCAGGUGCAGCAGGCGGACGACUUCGUCCGAGCGAACGCCUGCAACAAGCUGACCGUCAUCGCCGAACAGAUCCGGUACUUGCAGGAGCAGGCUCGGAAGGUCUUGGAUGAAGCUAACAGAGAUGCUGAUCUGCACCACGUGGCCUGCAAUCUUGUGAAGAAGCCAGGAAACAUCUACUACAUGUAUAGACGGGAGAGUGGCCAGCGAUACUUCUCCAUCCUGUCCCCUAAGGAAUGGGGGACCAGCCCUCACGAGUUCCUUGGCGCGUACAAGCUCCAGCACGACAUGUCCUGGACUCCAUUCGAGGACAUUGAAAGACGAGACGCCGAAAUAAACAUCCUGGACAAGCUGCUGAGCCGGCAGGCAGCGCUGCCGCCGUGCACGGAGCCCAACUUCCAGGGUCUCACCAAGUGACACGAGCCGACGGGACCUCUGAGCAGAGCCUCUGCGAGAGGGCGGGCCGGCGGUGGCUGAACGCUGCCAAAGGCAGGGCAAGGAGAGAGAUCCAGAAAUGAAAAUGCUGCUGUUGCUGCCGCCAGUACUUGCUCUGUACUUUAAUGAGACUAAUUCCGAAUUCAGUCUUACUGGAUUUUCUAGUAAUCGAGUAAUUUCUUCCUUUGACUCGUGCCAAGUUCUAGCGAGAGGCAGGUAUCAAACGGAGUCAGUCCAAGAGGGCUUAGGGCAACAAACAAAAUCACUUGACCCAGAUGCGAUAGCUCAAUGAAAUACAUCCCACCUGUCCAGCUAUGGUGUAUCACUCUGCGUCCUGCGGUAGGUAAUCGUUUCAGGGCUGGGGUUUGGCCCUGAUGAGAAAACACAUAUUUAGAAAGCCCUGUGGCCUGUGAAGAGCAGCUGAAGCUGCAGACAAAAAGCUGUGUUGUGAUCUGAGCCUAUAGAUCUCUCUCAACAGUGUUCAGAUCCCUGUGACUUCCAUGUGGGGUGGCCUAGAGCUCCCCUUGGUGGGAAUAGAUCCUCCGAAGGACCACGCAAGCUUCAGGCCGUUAGCCUGGCUGCUGUGGGGCGGAGAGGGCUGUGCACUCUUUGAAGGACGGGGGUUUCACAGCCCUCUUACGUUUCCCUUGGCUGCCAGGGAGAGAGGAGGAACGUGCGGGGUUUUAUGUUGAGUGCAUCUGUGGCAGAGCACUGGAAAAAAAUGAAAUAAAUCUCUGUUGUUGUCAGAUGUACUGCC